AUGGGUGAAGAAGAGGCGGCGACACUUGAAGGACAGUUUUAUGAAUUUUCGAGGAUGUUAGACAAUAAACGAGAUGGUACAACCAUAACUCUGUACCGUUCCGACUUUUGGAUGCGGCAAGCAAAACUAAUGGAAGACCGAAAGCUCACUAUGACGGAUACUGGUGUUUUAUUCUAUAAAUUCAGUAAAUCAGAAUUAAACUGGGACGAAUGGAUGGAAUUUUUGUCUGAAUUAUGUGCACUGAAAGAUAUGGACGAAGAGAAGGUACAAGAAGCAUUAACGAAUUGUGGGCUCCCAGGGCAGACUCCGGUUCAAGUGCCACAAUACAGAGAUUUCUUUUUGACGUAUAAACCGAAGGAAAAGUUACCGUUUUAG